CUUUCGAGUCCCCACGUGGGAGAGCUGACGAUGGCGGCCUUGGUCGAACCGGAGGCCUGCGGCUCGGGAGGCCGGGGCGGCCCCGGCAAAGGUCGGGGGCCCCUCCGAGGCCGCCUGGCCAAUCAGAUCCCCCCUGAGAUCUCGGGAGACCCACAGCUUCAGGAGGCUAUCCAAGCCCUGCCCUCAAACUACAACUUUGAGAUCCCAAAGACCGUCUGGAGAAUUCGGCAAGCGCAGGCCAGAAAGGUUGCCCUGCAGAUGCCUGAAGGCCUCCUCAUGUUUGCCUGCACCAUUGUGGACAUUCUGGAGAGGUUCACGGAGGCCGAGGCCCUGGUGAUGGGGGACGUGACGUAUGGCGCCUGCUGCGUGGAUGACUUCACUGCCCGAGCCCUAGGAGCCGACUUCCUGGUGCACUAUGGCCACAGCUGCCUGGUGCCCAUCGAUGUCUCCACCCAGGGCCUUCGGAUGCUCUAUGUUUUUGUGGACAUCCGCAUCGACACUGCCCACUUACUGGACUCAGUUCGUCUCACGUUCCCCCCAGCCACAUCCUUGGCACUGGUCAGCACCAUCCAGUUUGUAUCUACUUUGCAGAUAGCUGCCCAAGAGCUGAGAACCGAGUACAGAGUUUGUGUCCCUCAGUGCAAGCCCCUGUCUCCGGGAGAGAUCCUGGGCUGCACGUCUCCUCAGAUCGCAGAAGAAGUGGAGGCUGUUGUGUAUCUUGGCGAUGGCCGUUUCCACCUGGAGUCUGUCAUGAUCGCCAACCCUGGCAUUUCUGCCUACAGGUAUGACCCGUACAACAAAGUCCUGUCCAGGGAGCACUAUGACCACGAGCACAUGCAAGCUGCCCGUCAGGAGGCCAUCUCUGCUGCCCGUUCUGCCCGCUCCUGGGGCCUUAUCCUGGGCACUUUGGGCCGACAGGGGAGCCCCAAGAUCCUCGAGCAUCUGGAAUCUCGGCUCCUCCACUUGGGGCUGGCAUUCUUCAGGCUGCUGCUUUCCGAGAUCUUCCCCAGCAAGCUCAGCCUAUUUCCAGAAGUGGAUGUGUGGGUACAGGUGGCCUGUCCACGCCUCUCCAUUGACUGGGGCACGGCCUUCCCCAAACCGCUGCUUACUCCUUACGAGGCUGCCGUGGCUCUGAGGGACAUCUCCUGGCAGCAACCCUACCCCAUGGACUUCUACUCCAGCAAUUCCCUGGGGCCGUGGGCUCGGAACUACGCGAGCCGCCCCCAGCGCCAGCGGCCGCCCUCGGAGCAGGUGAAGGGGUCCGUGGCUAUCGAGCCGACCGUCGGUUGCAAAGACUGCGCCUGCCACGAGGAGGCAGCGCCUUCGCCUGCUCCCUGAUUUUCUUAGCCGGAGACUCAGAGGCAGCACCAUUACUUCAUUAUAGGGAAAUU